GGGUGACCCCCCAUUGCCUUCUGCCCCCCCAGACAAAACCAUCAUCAUGUGGAAACUGACCCGGGAUGAGACCAACUACGGGAUCCCCCAACGGGCCUUGCGCGGCCACUCCCACUUCGUCAGCGACGUCGUCAUCUCCUCCGACGGCCAAUUCGCCCUCUCGGGCUCCUGGGACGGAACCUUGCGCCUCUGGGAUCUCACCACGGGCACCACCACCCGCCGCUUCGUGGGCCACACCAAGGACGUUUUGAGCGUCGCCUUCUCCUCCGACAACCGGCAAAUCGUGUCGGGGUCCCGGGACAAAACCAUCAAGCUCUGGAACACCUUGGGGGUCUGCAAGUACACGGUGCAGGAUGAGAGUCACUCGGAGUGGGUCUCCUGUGUCCGUUUCUCCCCCAACAGCAGCAACCCCAUCAUCGUGUCCUGCGGGUGGGACAAGUUGGUCAAGGUUUGGAACUUGGCCAACUGCAAGUUGAAGACCAACCACAUUGGCCACACAGGUUACCUGAACACGGUGACUGUGUCUCCUGAUGGUUCCCUCUGUGCUUCUGGGGGCAAGGAUGGUCAGGCCAUGUUGUGGGACCUGAACGAGGGGAAACAUCUCUACACUCUGGAUGGAGGUGACAUCAUCAACGCCCUGUGCUUCAGCCCCAACCGCUACUGGCUCUGCGCGGCCACCGGGCCCAGCAUCAAGAUCUGGGACCUGGAAGGGAAGAUCAUCGUGGACGAGCUGAAGCAGGAGGUGAUCAGCACCAGCAGCAAAGCUGAACCUCCCCAGUGCACCUCCUUGGCCUGGUCUGCUGAUGGGCAGACCCUGUUCGCGGGGUACACGGACAACCUGGUCAGGGUGUGGCAGGUGACCAUUGGCACCCGUUGA